AUGGGUGACAAUAUCCGCCCUUCUACGAUGUAUGCCUGGAGAAAGCACAAGGGGAAUAGUGAACCAAGUUGUCAGGUUUGGGAGGAGUUACCAGUCCCAGCUACUCCACAGGAUGGAUUUCUCAUCAAACUACUAGCAUCUGGAGUCUAUCAAUUUACCAACUCGGUGACCGUCAUGCAAUUUGUACGAUUUGACCGAGACGUUGUCAUUUUUAGGGUGAUAGGGUGGCUUUAUUGGCAGUUCCUGGAUGCGGACUUGAAAGCUGCACAGAGUGCUCGCGUGAUUUAUCUCAGCUCUGCUCGGCAGGGAUGCACCAUGGGAUUGGCCAAGAUGGAUUCUACGCAGAAUACACAGCAGUCAAUGCUCGCGCUGCGAUCCCACUUCCUGAAGGUAUACCCCCCUGCCGUUGCUGCAGUUGCCACAGAUGCCGUGACAACGGUUUAUCACGGCAUCACGCGUCGAGCAGAAGUCAAGAACAAUGAAUUAGUAUUUUUGUUUGGGCUCGGGGGUCUUGGUUUCAACGCGCUCCAGAUUGUACGACAUAUCGGAGCUCGUGUUAUAGUUUCGGAUGUGCGUCAAGAAAAGCUAGACGCGGCUUUAUCUCUGGGUGUUCCAGCAGGGGAUAUUGUACCAGUCGGAAAGUCAGUCCAAUCUUUUGUCCAGGAAAACGGGCUACAGGGAAAAAUUGAUACAGUACUUGAUAUUGUCGGCAAACAUCAGACGUUUGAAGACGCUCAGCAGAUUGUCCGCAUCGGAGGCAAGAUUUUAUGCGUGGGUACAUUGGAUCGUAGAAACGAGAUAGACAUGAAAAUAGGUAUCCGGAAAAGGUUGGGCAUUAUUUUCACAUAUGGGGGCCAGCAGCGUGACUUGAUGGAGGUGCUUGAUCUAAUCAGUCAAAAAGUUAUACAACCGCAAGUUGAGCUGGGCAGAUUGUCCGAUUUCCCAAAGGUUUUGAAGGACCUAGGAAAUGGGAAAAUCAAGGAUAGAAUGGCUUUAGUGACCGACUUAAUUGAUCCUUGA